AUGGGCACGUGGUUAAACCGAGUCACAUGCACCUUCUUCCGUCAUCCGCAACAUCUGCCACCGUCCCCCACUCCACCGAUCCUAUAUCCAUCUCCGUCUUAUCACCCAACGGCCCCUUCAACACAUGAACACCCGCCUUCAUCCAGACCGCAUCACCAGCAGCACUGCACACCACCACAAGACAACAAUCAAUUGACUGCUCUGCUCGCGAAUCUCCUCGCCAACACCAUCAACAACCAAUCACCUUACCAUCGUGGACGACGCGGAGGGCGAGGACGACAUUAUCCGAGAGGGGGUGUGUAGGUGGUUACACCAUCUAAGUCAAGAGGUCUCAACACGAAAACAAGAGGGACCAAAAGCCACGUCAACAACACAACGGAUUUUUGGCUUCAGUGUGGAGAUUGAAUUGGUGAGAAACUGUUGUUUUUAUUUACCCCUUUAGUUAUUUAGUAAAUAGUAGUUUAGGUUAGAUAAUAAUUAGAGUAUUAUUUUGUUUAUAUAAACGUAGUUAGUUUAUUUUGUCCUUUUUAGUUAGUUUAUUUUGUCCCUUUAGUUAGUCUAACUUGUCUCUCUUUAUUUAGUCUUUGUCUCCGAUAACAUAAUUAUUCCGUCUUAUUGUAUUUGGUCUUGUGCGUGUUAAUUUGAAACUACUGUCAAUAAAAAGUCAUAAUUGAAAUUAUCGGAUAUUGAAUUUUAUCGAGAAAAUAGGUGAACCAAAUAAAUUGGAUUAGCCGCUGAAGGAGAUAAGAGUCCUGGUGUUUAACCCACAAAGAAGUAAUAAGAGCCUAUGAUACACACGGUUUUGACCCGAUAUCGUUUGCAUAUCCUCAGAAUAUUGUUUUUCCGAUCCGUAUUCAUUAUCUACAACAAUAAAAUCGACCAACUCAGCAAGCAAAAUAAGUUUUUACAAGGUUGAUCAAAAUUUUCUGCGCACCAGAAACCUUAAAGUACGCGCGUCGCCAUAACUAGGGAACACUUGGCCAUUUUUUUAAAAUAAAUCGCGUCGGGACCAAAAUUAACUUGAAAUCGUACGUGUGUACGGUAGAAAAAUAAUUUUUCUGCGGCUGGAGCCGAGAAUUAUUUGUUGCGUUGUUGACAAAAUUGUCGAGUUGGUGGAUCAGUGUUUAUAAUUUCUUUUGAUUUUUGAAUAAAGUUUCGUUUUUGUGUUGAAAUGUCCCAUUAUUUCUGCCAGACGGUUUUUAAGGCCGAAUUUUUAUCUUCCGGCAGACGUUUUCAGGGAUCUGGAAGCGAAGAUCGGAAGAAGGUCAUCUCGAGCUAUUAUCGGCUAAGGUAUGUUUAUAUUGUCAAUUACUUCAUGCUUUUUAGGUUAUCAUGUGGUUUUUGUGGGAUUUAAGUUUUGAUGAAUUUCUCAUAUUGUUUUAGGUGAAAAGUAUGGAGUUUUGAUAAAGAGACAAUGCAAAAAAGCUUUGAAUUUACACAUGAUGCAGCUGUAGUUCGUUUCGAAGGAUCUAGAGGGGUUUUAGUUCAUUUUAAGUGGAAUUCGACACUAAUUUCAUACUGUUUCAUCUUUAGAUCCGCAAGCUCAACACUGAGGUCCGAUGUGUUUCUCCUCAAUAAUUGCGUACCAAGCAGAAGGACGAGUUGAUCAUCGAAGGAAACGAUCAUAAGGCCCACCGAAAACAGAUAUCCGGUAAUUUCAUUGGUCCUCGGCCACAUUCUCAGCUCGAGACAGUACACGGGAUGGAGACAAUCAUAUGUCGACAGGUAUGUUGUGUUUUUAACCGGCAGUCAUUUUACAGGUUGAAAAUUAGGUUUCUAUCAGUCUGUCGGGAAAAUAACGGUGGAUCGUCGCAUCAAAAUGUCUCGCUUCCAAAUCUUCAGCUUCGGCAGCCGUCGCAAAGCGAUCAUGGGCGAUUCCGAGGCGCGACGAUCCGCCGUUAUUUUCCCGACAGACUGAUAUAUAUGUGUGAUAGUAGUUUCUUGCAGAUAACUUCACCCUCCGGUCAAAAACGUCCAUCCAGCCAGAGCACAACACCUUCGAAUAA